GCUGUUCCAGCCGACGCUUCCGGUGGGCGGUGCGCCGGGGGCCAGGCAGUCGGGGCGGCCCCUUCCGGCGGUGGCGAGGAUGGCGGCGGAGAAUCACUGUGAGUUCCCGGUGCCCCCGGCUGGCGGCCUCGGCGCGGGCGGGCCCUGCCGUCGGUGUAGCUCGGCGCCGCUGCCCGGCGCGGGGCCCGGCAAGUGGGUCAGGCUGAACGUGGGGGGCACCUGCUUCCUGACCACUCGACAGACGCUCUGCAGGGACCCUAAGUCCUUCCUCUUCCGCCUCUGCCAGGCCGACCCCGACCUGGACUCGGACAAGGAUGAAACAGGUGCCUAUUUAAUAGACAGAGACCCAACCUACUUUGGGCCAGUACUGAACUAUCUCAGACACGGAAAGCUGGUUAUUAACAAGGACCUAGCUGAGGAAGGUGUACUGGAGGAGGCUGAAUUCUACAAUAUCACAUCUCUAAUAAAACUGGUAAAGGACAAAAUAAGAGAAAGAGACAGCAGAAUCUCUCAGGUGCCAGUCAAACAUGUAUACAGAGUGCUGCAGUGUCAGGAAGAGGAGCUCACUCAAAUGGUUUCCACAAUGUCCGAUGGCUGGAAAUUUGAACAGCUGGUCAGUAUUGGUUCUUCCUAUAACUAUGGCAAUGAAGAUCAGGCUGAAUUUCUGUGUGUUGUCUCAAAGGAAUUGCAUAACACUCCUUAUGGCACAACCAGUGAACCCAGUGAAAAAGCAAAGAUUUUGCAAGAACGAGGUUCCAGGAUGUGAAGACAGUAUUGAACGAUGACAAUUUUUUUCUUUUAUUCGAAGAUGCAGUGAAUUGUCACACUGAAGAGGCUUGGCUGCAAAAGAAAAAAUCUGAUUUAGACAAUUUUCUGUUGAUAUGGGUUCAACCGUAUUUGCCUAUAAGCUGGUGUCAACUUCUGGAAGCAUUGCAAGUUUACAUAAUGGGAAUAGAUGGUGUGGGAAUGUGUGUUAAGUUUUGGUUGUAGUGCAUGGUUGUGCUCUCUUGGUGGCUUAUUGACACUGGUCAUUUGAAAAGAAAUGACCAUGCACUCAUAUUUUCCUCGGAGACAUGUAGCACUUGAUGUCUGGUGCUGGAUGACCCAAUGUUGAUCAGUUUGGAGACCUUUUCCUACUAAUCAUUGUAAACCUUAAAAGGACAAUGUAAUUGGUGCUACACACACACACAAACAUACACACACUUACACACACAUACACACACACAAAUGUUACAGCCCAGAAACGCAAGUAUUUGGGCAUACGUUGUUUCAGAAUCAGUGUCAGCCCCAGUUGACUGUAUUAUACUGCACAUUCCUUAUGGUUCUGUGACAUAAUCUAUUAUGUAAUAACAGCCUCGGAGAUCAACUGAAACUAGCAUGUGUAAAAGUUAGACAAAAGAGAAAAGGUUUCUCUGAAGGGUGUAUAUAUUGACUGGAUGUAUAGCUUAUUUUAAUACCCAAAGGGAAGACUAAACUCAGAGAAAAUGGCCUUCCUCUGAGUUAUUCUUAAUGUUCCCUCUGUUAAAACAGUCUCCUGCAAAAGUUCUGCUCCAGUCCUGAUCACAUGCUUGAAAGUGGAAUCAAAAUUCACUUAAAAUGACCAACUGAACAUUCUGUUUCUUUGGAGGUGUUUGUACUCAUAUGUGUGUUUGUGCUUCUAUAAAAUGCCUAUAAGCAUUGAACUGUGUGGAUUAGGGUAGAGAUAUUUCUAGAGCUGAAGGUUUUACAGAAAUACAGCUGGCUAGUCCUACGUCCCUGUCUCUAUGACUCGGAUUAAAAUCAACCUUAGUGUGAACAUAAACUCAUCCAGUUGAAAAACCUGAUUACUUUGGAUAUUCAGGUUCCCUGUAAUCAACCUUUCUCUUUGUUGAGAAACCUUUCUCUUUGUUUUCUGAAACUCUAUACAGUUUCAGCUAUGCAGUUAAGAACAGUGUUUGAACAGAAUGUGGUGCAGCUUUGUUAGUUUGUCCUUGAUGAAGGCUACUACACAAGACACACACUAUGUUUUGAGCAAAAUCUUUAGCACAUCUUUAAAACACUUAACAAAAUGGACAGAGUAAAACUUGGCUUCAUUGACUCAUGGAACCAAUGGAAGGGAGUUUCAAAAAGCUACAAGAUGGUUUUAAAUUCUAAAGACAUUACAGUUUUCAUUCUUAGUAAUUUCAGAAUUUAUGCAUAUACUGUAGGUAAUCCUUUACACAAAAGCCUGAUUUUCAAACACCCAGGGUCUACUUUUUUUUAAUUAUUAUUUCAUUUUUUAAAGGACUUAGACAUUGAUAAAAGUUUGGCAAAACAAUUUGUAAGAAACAUUUCUACUAAACAGGUUAAGCAAUGGGCUAAAUGUUUUGUCCGUGUGCCUAAUGCUUGAAAGGAUUUGUAAUGCAUUUUGUGACUUGGAUGUGGUCUGCACGGGAAGCUGCUGGCCCCUCCACAACACAUACAAUUUUUGUCUUUUUUUAAGAAGUUAAAACUGAAUUUAAUUUACUAAAACUGUAAUUGUGUAGGGGGAAAUGUUUAUACUUUUAUACUUUUUUAGGUACCCACAUUUUAUCAGCUUAAAUUGAGCACACAGAUGUCCCGUAAAUAGUGAUGGAUUAUCUUGUGUAUCUGAAAAUAAGCAUAACAAUUGUCUGUGUUAACUGCAUAUUAAAACAUUUCCUCUGCUGCAGUAGUCACUGUGUUUUUAAGCAGUAUGACUCCACCAAAUUCUCUGAGCUCUCCGGCUCAUUGCAGCCAACUGUAUUACUUGUUGUUUUCUUGGUGUGCUCUACUGGGUAAUUCAGCAUUGAUCUAAGUGGAUUUUAAUGCCUAAAAUACCAGUUUUACAGUGAUCCUUCUGAAUCAGCAUUUCUGUUGCCUCUCUUAUUAAACCCAAAAAGGCCAGACUGUUUAAUAAAGUUAAAUUUUCCUGAAUGCCAUCAGCAAAGCAUGAGUAACAAACUGAGCAAACUGAACAAAUCUAGAGUAUGUAAAAGAGUGGCUUUUUCGAAGUAUGGGGGUUUUUUCCCGACCGGAAUAUUUUCAGUUUUAAAACCUGCUUCUAUGCUGAGAUUACCUGCAGUUUAGUUUACAUUGUAUCCCUGUCAUAGCUAAUUUUAGGGAAAUGAGUGUUUAAUAAUUUUUUGCACUUUGUUUCCUACAUCUCACAAAGAUUUUAAGAAGGAAAGAAAAGAGAGAACUUUAGUAGGCAGGUACCUUAUAAAUUAUUUUAAAUACGCUGUUGUUUGAGGCCACCUGAACUAACUACUUUCCUGUUCUUGCUAUUGUCAUUAUUGCUUUAAUUUUUGUGAUCAUGUGAGGCUUUCAGAUAGAUGGAAAUGCUCUCUUCAGCUUUUUUCAAGGCAUUAAGCAUUUAUCCCUAAAUAAGUUUUGUUUAUUUUUGUUUGACUGUUGCAGUUUCAAAUAAAGUUAGUGACAGUAACAAGGUAAUUGUAGUAGAGUCCAAUCUGCAUGACCAGGCUUUGCAAACAUUGCUUCAUCUGUUAAGAUCUUGCAAGAAGGAAGUAAUGUACCUGUACAGUUAAAACUGGAGUCCUUUGUUCUUUUUCUGCCAUUUGGAGAGUACGUACCUGAGAAUUGUCUGUGACUGUGCAGAGCUGAGGGGUUCACUGUCAGGCUGGAUCUGCAAAGCUGUGCUGCAAACCACUUGGACUUAACUCUGGACAUACACAGCUCCUCUGUUGUUAAAUCAGAACAGUAUUCCAGGUUAGAACUUUAGAUCCUGAGCUUGAAAAGAUCAUAGCAGAAGUAAUAAAGCAGGAAGGGAGAGAGAUGAAAUUCCUUAAAGGCAUUUACAUGACACACUUCUUGCAAAACUUGUUUAAAAACAGAAUUUCAAAUUUGCUAUAGCAAUUUCUUGCUUUGAGUUUGGAAACAGCAUAUUGUUGGCCUUAGGUUUUCUCAGAGGCUAUUUUUUCCUUUAUUGGAGAUGCCAUUUUUAUAUUACAUGCUUUUGACUUCUUCAAGCAGCAAGUGAAUCAGAAUUUGUCUGCAAUGAACAAGUAAUUCUGAGAGCUUAAAGACAUGAAUGCCACAUGGUUCAUAAUAACUGUCCAAACAUAUACUCUGACUCAGCAGCAUCCAGCCCAAAGGUUACCUGGGAUUUUGUCCUACUUAGUGUGGGAUUUCCAUGGAUUACAGUUAAUUGCAUUUUUUAAAUCCCACAGUAAUUUAAUUGUGUGUCAAAGACUUGAUUGAAUUUAUUUUUUUGAUUCUUUACUAAAGUUUCCAUCAUCACAAUCAUAUACUCAUAAAAGUUGGAAAGUGUACUGUGUUUUUUUCAAACUCAGAUUUCUUGUAAUGAUAAAAGUUCCUUUCAUCCUGCAUUGUAGCAUUAGGAGAAGGCAUUUCUUUAAAAGUGAAGCUCAGUGAAUCUGACUUUUUUGUUUUGAGAUUUUCUUUAGACACUAGCUGUGUAGCUCCAUUUCUAGCAAUGGGAAUGCACAGUUAUGAUGGAUUAGAAACAGGACUGUUUCCUGCAGAUGCAAAAAUUGAAUCAAUCUCCUCUUUUUCUGAGGUAUUUUUGGUUUUUUUUUUUUUCCAGGAGAAAAAUGAAAACUGGCAGAUUAAACAAAAGAUAACUUGGUUGCAGGCAUGCAACCAAGGGAACAAGUCUGCUGAGGAGGGUGAUAGUGUUACCAGAAGAGUGCUUCUCAUAACAGAACACUAUUGUGUGAAUGUCUGUUGAAGUUGUUGAGUUGUCAUCUCUGUUUAAACUGUAGAGAGCUCUCACCAGCAAAUUAACAUACAUUACUUACAAAUUUUUAUUAAUAUUACAAAAAUGAACUUGGAGUGCAAAAAUGCAGUAGUAUCUGCUUCAGUGGAAUUAAAUAGAAUCUGGAUUAUAAUUACCCAGGUAUACUAGAAUGUAUUCCUUGGAAAGUACUGGGAGAAGAGUGAAGUUGUCCUGGGCUUUUUGAAGAAGAUGGAAGUCAAAUGAAAGCCUGAAGUCUGGGGUUUUGUUCACUUAAGAUGUGAUAAAAUCAGAAAGUGCUGUUCUCCUAUUUUUACUCUCUCAGCACAUCAAAAGUUUCAAGUUUUUCAAAUUAACUUUUUCAAUCAGCCCUCGAACUGUGGGGCUCUUGAAAGAGAUGAAAUUUUGUUAUGCCUUUAACAGUGUCUGUUAUCUUAAGAGAGUAGGCUUAAAACCUGAGUGGUCAUUGGAGAAGUGUCUUUUCUAACACAACAGAUUUGAAAUACUUAAGCCUGAGGAUGCUGCCUGUUACUUUAUUGUAGUUUAGAUUGCAGCUAUCUCCAGUUUUGAGGACAAUCUUGGGAUCUUAUGUGGGGCUUUGUGUAGAAUUAUUGAUUCUUUAAAUAGUAUGAAUAUUCAGUUUAAAAAACAACAUGGAAGGCUCUCUGAACUCAGUGUCAUGCAAGUUUUCUUUUGUUUCACAAAAAUCAGGACCUGUCUUUAAAGGCUUCUUAAUGAACAGAGGCUUUAAAGGGCUACAUAGAUCUUACUGUCCAGUUUGCCUAAAUGACUGACAGAAGGAACUCUUUUCAUUUUCAGAGCAGAAAUGCUAAGGGCUAAAAUGCUUUCCAGGGCUAAUUUGAGGUUUCAGAGACAUACAAUGUCUAAAAAACAACUAGUCAGUUUUCAUUUCAACUCAUGGACUCUUAAAAUAAUUUUUGCAAAUGUCUGAACCAAUUGCAGAUGUAAGUGUUCCUAUAUGGCUUGGAUUUUCAAUAUCCAGAUUGGAUAAGAGCACACUAGAGAAGGCAGUACACUUACCCUCCACUUUAUUAUUACCUUUGCUGAAAUCUAACAAUUUUUAUGAACAGCAAUGGCAAUAGAGAAGCUUUGAGGAAGAUUCUGCCCCAGGAAAUCACAGAAUAUUUCUUUGCAACUUAGUUGACCUUUACUUUAGUGAUGUCUACCAAGGCAUAAACUUCUCAGAAGUUCAGUGAGUAGAUACUGCUGCAAAUACAGCUUUCUGGAGGCUAUCUGGAAAGAUAUUUCACAAAAUCUUCAGGAUAUUGUGUCUUAAUAAGUACUAUAACGAGAGAAACUUCUUUUAAAGUUAUUUUGCUAUUUUGGGGGUGAAUGGAAAGGGAAGAGGUUCUGUGACAGAGCUCUCCUUGCCUUAGAAAGCUGAGCCUAAAUUUUGACCCAAGACCUGUUGUGAUUUUGAGGCCUCAUCAUCUGAGAUGAGUAAAGAGUAAGAGUAAAUGUAUUUAUUAUGUACAUGAUUCUUGCUACUUUUGAAGAUUUUCCAAAAGCUUAUGCACAACUUUACUCACAUUAACUUGGCUCAUGUGUACUUGCAAGAAUGAAGCAAGUGCCAAGGCACUCUUAAAAAAAGGAAUGUUACCAACCUCUCUACUGGAACUGAAACAAGAUCACCAAACUGAAGGAGUAUCAAAUGGCAGCUUUUUCCACCUGCUUCUGCCCUUAUCCUUACCUCAACCUAGCUAUGAGAAAUCAACUUCCUAUGCACUCUUUAGGAUCACCUACCCAAUUCAACAAAUGUGUUCUUUUUAACCUUUUCCUCCAAAUCACUGGUCUCAAAAUUAGUUGUGCAUCAGCUGUUUGUGCUUAUACCUAAGUGGCCAUACUUGCAACAUGUUAUUUCCUGGAUAGUGGAUUAGCAAUAACACUUUAUUUUGUGCCAAUUCAUUAUCUCUGAAGUGUUCUUACUGCAGCAAAAUUUGAGUUAUGAUUUGGUUUUAAUGCAUUUGCAUUAACCAAAACUCAUAGCACAGACACAGAAAAGAAACUGAAUUCAGGGAAAUUUCCCUGAAAAAAAAUCUGCUAGGGCUUCCCAAAUAAUUUGAAGGUGGUUACAGUUAACCAUCACUUUCAAAACAAAGAAAUGAAAUGUGUAUGGGUAUUUUUUUAACUUCUUUUCAUAACACUAGUGUAUUGUAAACUGCAUGGAAUAAACCUGUUUUUUCCCUUUUAAA